CAGGACCCCACCAGCCCGCCUGCCGGCCCCGGGCCGCGCUCGCCAUGUCCUACCCGCAGUUUGGAUACCCCUACUCUUCGGCACCGCAGUUUCUGAUGACCACCAACUCUCUGAGCACGUGCUGCGAGUCAGGUGGCCGCACGCUUGCGGAAUCCGGGCCCGCCGCCUCGGCCCAAGCACCAGUUUACUGCCCGGUCUACGAGAGCCGGCUGCUGGCCACUGCGCGACACGAGCUCAACUCGGCCGCGGCGCUGGGUGUCUAUGGGGGGCCCUAUGGUGGCUCGCAGGGCUACGGCAACUACGUGACCUACGGCUCCGAGGCCUCCGCCUUCUACUCGCUGAACAGCUUCGACUCCAAGGACGCCCCUGGAUCUGCGCAUGCGGGCCUCGCGCCCGCCGCCGCCGCCGCCGCCGCCGCCUACUACCCGUACGAGCCGGCACUGGGCCAGUACGCUUAUGACAGAUACGGUACCAUGGACAGCGGCACGCGGCGCAAAAACGCCACUCGCGAGACCACCAGCACGCUCAAGGCCUGGCUGCAGGAGCACCGCAAGAACCCCUACCCCACCAAGGGGGAGAAGAUCAUGCUGGCCAUCAUCACCAAGAUGACCCUCACGCAGGUCUCCACGUGGUUCGCCAAUGCCCGCCGGCGCCUCAAGAAGGAGAACAAGAUGACGUGGCCACCCAGGAACAAGUGUGCUGAUGAGAAGCGGCCCUACGGGGAGGGCGAGGAGGAAGAGGGGGCUGAGGAGGAUGCCCGAGAAGAGCCCGUCAAGAGCACCAAGAAUGAAGAGCCCCUGGGCAAAGAAGAGAAGGAUCUUGAGCUCAGCGACUUGGAGGACUUCGACCCACUGGAUGCGGAGCCCCCAGACUGUGAGCUGAAACCUCCCUUCCAGCCCCUGGAUGGUGGCCUAGAACGCAUCCCCCCUGCCCCUGAUGGCCCCAAUGCCCCUGGAAAAGAGGCCUCAAGCGCCCACCGGAUGUCCCUGGCUGCCGAUAGCCGGGCUGCCCUGGACCAGGACCUGGAGAGGGCCCGGAGCUGCCUCCGAAGCGUGGUAGCUGGGCCAGAGCAGCAGCCAGGUGCGGGGGGCGGCCCGCAAGCCUGCGAGGCCAAGCUGGGCUUUGUGCAGGCUGGGACGACUGCGGGCCUCGAGGUCAAGCCGCGCAUCUGGUCCUUGGCACACACAGCUACCGCAGCCGCCGCCACCAACCUGAGCCAGACUGAGUUUCCUUCGUGCAUGCUCAAGCGCCAAGGCCCUACUGCCUCUGCAGCCGUCUCAUUGGCGCCCCCCUCCUCCUCGCCUGCGGCCCCGGCCGCCGCCGGUGCCCUAGACAGGCACCAGGACUCCCCGGUAACCAGUCUCAGAAACUGGGUGGAUGGAGUCUUCCACGACCCUGUCCUCAGGCACAGCACUUUGAACCAGGCCUGGGCCACCGCCAAGGGUGCCCUCCUGGACCCGGGGCCCCUGGGCCGCUCGCUAGGGGCGGGCGCCAACGUGCUGACGUCGCCCCUGGCUCGCACCUUCCCGCCCGCCGCGACCCACGACGCCCCUGCGGCCGGCACUGCGAAGGAGCUUCUGGCUUUGCCCAAGGCCAGCGGGAAGCCCUUCUGCGCUUAACUGGGCGGGAUCCCGGGGCCCGGGAGGAAACGGUGCUCAGGCUGCAGCUCGCAGGUCCAAGACUCCUUUUCUAACGAGUUUCCAAAGCUAGGCGAACGCGCAGCGAAGCUCAGGCCACUCGCCCACCCUAGAGGGAGGGUCUGAACUCGGUCUCCCGGAACCACGGACAAACCCCCUGGCUACGGCCCGCGCCAGGUCCACCGACCACCCUGGUCAUUCCCAAAUUCAGGAGCCCGUGGGAUUAGGCUGCGCCCAAAGCAGAAGGCAGCCUCCCUGAAGCAUAAAGUUUACGUCCAAAAGUUUACAAGGAGAAGACAUUGUGGUUCCAGGCUUUAUUUGUGUCGCUGUCUUCUGGGUGCAAGGCAUGCCCCUGUUCAUUCUGAGGACCCCUCAGCCUGUUGACCUUCUGGCUUCAUCCUCGGCACAUCUCACCCGGAGCACUCCCCUGAAUUUACACUAUUGCACACUCUUGACUCGACAAAGUUAUGUUUUUUAAAUGUAUGUUCACACCAGUGAUUGCCUGCUUCAGAGGCUGAUACAACAAAACCAAUAAA